AUGGAAUACGAUACCGACGUUAUAGGAAUAUGCAUAAAUACUACAUAUGCUCUCCUGUCCUGUCCUUGGCAACCAUCCAUUGUCCCACACCAAGGUCUAAUCCAAAUCUGUGAUGAGCCUCAGACUCUGGCGCUUAAUCAAUCUGGUUCUUCCAUCCAGGUGAACGCUCUGCUCAGCAACAAAAGGAGAGGGCAUGAAUCGUCUACGUUAGUUACAAGCAAUAGUGAGUUGUUCGUUCAGAAAGAAGCACUACACAGUGCUUGCCGAAGAGCGCACGCCUCUCUUAAAGAUAUUGUUCCUGUGGGCUGGAAACUAAACCUCCAACGAGAAAUACAAGUAAACGGUCGUAAACGGAAGCGAGCCUGGGAAUCUGCAGAGCCACCUGCUGCGUCCAGCCAGGCAUUAAUCGCCCUUCAAUCAGGGCCAUCGAUCUAG